AAGUGCAUAAGAUCUGAGGUUGCCAUUCUUUGUUUCGGCCAAUUUGCAUUAGAUGGACCUUUGUUUAGUCCAAGUACUAAAUAAAUUGGUGAGUAGAUUAUUACUGAUGCUCAAAAUGAGCCGUUUCAUCCUAUUUUGAAAUACCAGUUUUAUAUAAAAUGUCGUGAGACAUGUAGAAUUUUGUUGUUUACUUCAAAUUGGACUGGCUUACUUGAUUUAAGUGCCGUGAUUUCCUCAGUAAGCCAUUAGUAGAGGUCCAAACAAAAUGACAAUGGAAGUUUUGAAUAUGGUUCCCGUGUUGCUCAAUAUGACUUUUGAUAUGCUUCACUUUUGUACAAGUUACUGAGCAAUGUAUGCCUUGAUCAGGGAAAAGAAAAGAGUUUGAGCACUUGUCUGUCAACUCUUCUCUCUGUGUGAUCAAAGUAAAGAAGUUUAUGUGCAGGGCGGCAAUCUGUGCCUUAUGGUGGGGGAAAAAUAAAAGAAUUUGAGGACGUGUCUGUCAAUCUUUUCUGUGUUUGAUCAAACUAGAGAAAUUGAGGUGCUUCACAGCUGUCUGUACUUUUAUCUCUGUUUCUUUUAAGGGCUUUGAACCUUAUGCAGUGAUUGUGAAUGGAAUAUGCAAGCAACUCUGUUUAAAGGUGUUCCCUGAGAUGUCCACUGUUACUCGUGCUAUUGAAAUUAGUAACAUUGUAGAACCUGUGGAAUCCAGGACCAAUGAGCCUAUUGAAUGGGCAUGUCUGAAACGGGACCAUAAAGUAUAUGCAUUUUUGGCUCAAGGUAUUGCCUCCUUCCCAAGAAAAGAAUGCUUGUCUGAGGCACUUGGUGCUUCAAGCACUGACAAUUACCCAGAUGAAAGCAUUCAGAAUACCCCGGAACCAAGUGACAGGAUUGGUCAGAGACCUUCUUACUGGUCGAGCAAGGGUGAAAUUGAUUCUGCAGUCCCUGAGACAUUAACGUAUAAAUUGAUGGCCAAACUCUGUGUGAUUACUGAAAUCCAUAUUCAACCAUUUCAAGUGUACUUUCAGUUUGGUUCCCCCAUAUAUCCAGCAAAGGCUGUAAGAUUUUUGAUGGGGGAUUUGUAUUGCUGGUAUGGAAGCACAAAUGGAGGGAGAAGUGUCUUCAGCUGCACAAGAAUCUUGUCAUGAAAUAUUGCUGGUCCAGAUUCAGUAUUACUAAUUAACUGCGUUAUAGGAGAAUUGUUUGCAAAAGUUCAAGC